CAGGCGGUUGAUCGAACGGGUCGUGAGCGUGAGUACGACCGGCUCUAAAAGUGCCGGCGUUUUAUCAAUCAGUUCAGCCAGUUAAUAAGUACGCCAGUAGUGACAAUAAUUGCCAGUGAGCUGUGGGAUUCUACCAUACAAGCAUGUUCAUUAGUGGCAUCAGCAGCAGCAGUGUAUGACUAAUCGUCCAGUCCAGAAGCGGAUAGUGGGCGCUGUUGAACUCAAGGUCGUUGCCGAAUUCUACACACGCGCGAAACUCAACAACGCUGGAACAAUUAUUGCAACUUGAUAGGCGCGGUUCGAUAUCGAUUUGUACCGCGGUCUGCCACCGAGCUAGUCAACUUAAAACGGAACAAUCAAACGGCCACUAACCGAAAUGGCUCCGAACAAUACCAGUGCGGUAGCGCCCCCAACCGACAUCUGCCAGUUGGACUCGGAACGACAGCGGCGCCCCACUAACAGCAAUCUAGUCAACAAAAGCGAUGGGAACAACAACCAAAUACAGUCCAAACAUCCCACUGCGGAACCACUCGAAUUUCAACCGGAAAUCCGCUGGCCAGAUUUCUUCGCACAGCUGUUUCUGCAUUUAGGAUUCCUGAUGGGCGUCUGGCAGCUGGUAACACUGCAAACGAAAUUCUACACCGUCGUGUGGACACUGCUGCUGAUAUGGGGUUCCGGUUUCGGAAUUACUGCCGGCGCUCAUCGCCUUUGGUCUCAUAAAUCGUACAAAGCCAAAUGGCCCCUACGCCUAGUACUGAUGUUCCUAUUCACCAUUUGCGGACAGCGUGAUGCCUACACAUGGGCUCACGAUCACCGGGUGCACCACAAGUAUUCGGAAACGGACUCCGACCCGCACAACGCGAAGCGAGGAUUUUUCUUUGCCCAUGUCGGUUGGGUAUUCCUUACUCCCCAUCCGGAUGUAGUUGCCAAGCGAAAGAUCAUCGACAUGAGCGAUUUGGAAGCUGAUCCAAUUGUGAUGUGGCAAAAGAAAUACUACCUGCCACUGUUCGUCCUGUUGGUAAUCGGUUUCCCGGUGCUAGUGCCAUAUUACUACUGGGGCGAAAGCUUGUGGGUGUCUUUUUGGGUGUGCUUUACGAUGCGAUUUACCACCACGCUCAAUAUUGCCUUCUUCGUGAAUAGUGUGGCUCACAUGUUCGGCAAUCGACCUUACGAUAAGAACAUUAGCCCGGUGGAGAAUUUGUCGGUUUCGAUCGCUGCCAUGGGCGAAGGAUGGCACAACUAUCACCACGUGUUUCCGUGGGAUUACAAAACAGGCGAACUGAAGGGUUACAUGUUUAAUGUAACCACCGGUUUCAUCGAUGCAUUCGCCCGAAUUGGGUGGGCUUAUGAACGAAAGUCCGUUUCGCCGGAGAUUAUCGAACGACGAGCGGCGAAGUACGGCGAUGGGACACGCUUUCUAAGUGACGAAUUUGCACACAAGGAUGCGGUUUGGGGCUUCGGCGAUAAGGAUAUCCUACCGGAGGAUCUCGAUGACAUUAUAAAACGACAGGAGUAACGUGACAGUGAUAGAUAGAUAAGUGACGGAUUAGUGUUUUUCAAACAUUUUUACCAUUGAUAAUUGGCUUUAGAAGUGAGAGACGAAGAAACUAUAAUAUUUGUUAAGCGCUUUGAUUUUUAGUACUAGACAGAGAAGCGCACAUUGUCAAUAACAUUUAUUGGUGUUCAGAGGCGUUUACACACUUUUUCAUUGAGUUAAAAACUAACGCUUCCAUUGAGUAUUUGUUACUUGGAUUAGUUGCUAUUCCAUCAUUGUCGGCGUUUAAUUACAUUGAGAGAUAGCAUCAUAAUUUGCAGAUAAGUUAAACGAACAUUUUACAGUUACAAUAAAAACGCAACAAAUUAUUGCCA